GCGAUAUUGUUGGUUGAACGCUCAAAGCGAAACACACAUACCGGAACCCACCUCCAGGCCGGUAUUGGCUAGAUACAGGAACCCGACACUAAAAAGAGCAUGCUUCAACUUCUCGAGCGCUUCGGGCUUCGUCUUCUCAUCCUGGAGGGCUUUGAAGUCGACAAUGGGCAGACUCUGAAAAUUGGUCGUCAUGGUAGGCGGUUGCGGCUUGCGCUCUUGCGUCAGCAGUGAUCAGAUCUAUCGAUUGACCGAAGUCUAUGGGAUACGCUAUUGAUUAUGCGAAGGCCGUGAAAAAUGUGUGAAUGCGAUGGCAAGGCUAUCACGAGACUACAGGGGUGCAAUCCAGCGGAGGUUGUGAGUCUGACAGCAGCGAGAUCGCACACCAUGGGGUUUUAUGAUCCCCGAUCGGCCUCCACCUCGAGGCUACAAAAAAGGCCGAGUUUCUCCAGACAAACACGUACCUCUGCUGGGUAAGGUGGGAAGGAAAUUCAGCUGUUUGUCUCCCUUCUGCCGAGGAAACAGAUCCCGACAGGCCAGAUGUCGUGCUCGGCCACCAAUCAGAAAUUGCGAACACGCUGAGCUUAAAUCGGACGUCAGGUUACCAUGUAUGUCAACACACCACUUCAAAGAGCAUCAAGACUUGAUACCGUUCGUACCUUGCACUGAUAUAUCAGUAAAGAGACUUGCACCGAGACUGGUCGAGAACGCACGCCUAUACCUGAGUAUCUAAACUGCACUCUGCGAACACUUGACGUCAAGGAGCUUCCUCCUGCACUAAAGGAAGGAGAAGUGAUGUGCUCCGAAGCGAUGCAUACAUUGUAUCUAUGCUCGAAUCUUACAAGACUGGUCACAUUGGGUCGAUGAGGAAAUGACAGAGAUGAGGAUACGGCGCUCUAUUUUUUAAGAAGUUAAGUGCAACCCCAGAAAGGGAACCUCUACCAAAGUAUAGCUCAGAUCACGACGUCUGUAUCCCCCAUAACAACACCGACCGUGAAUACUCUAACCACCCUUUUACCUCCUUUUCCGUUUUGCUCGAACCCACGGGGUGAACUAUAGCCUUGCAGCCUUGGGCUCUCUGUCAAGAUCGCGGAAGCGUCUGAAAUAGGCGAUCGAAUCUGGAUUCUGCACCGUCGCACUAGGUGUCACGUCUUUCCCACUAAUGACAUUCUUGACCGCAAUCUCGACUUUCUUGCCAUUAAUCGUCACAGGGAUAUCAGGAACCGCGAGGACGAAUUUGGGGACAUGUCGAGGCGACAGACCGUUACGGAUUGCGGCCUUGAUGCGCGCUCGCAGCUCUUCAGUCAGACUGUGGCCUGGCUUCAUGACCAGAAACAGGAACACUUCCUCGUCAGGAUCCUGAGGUCUUCGACGACCCACGCACAGACUGUUGCUGAUAUACUCGGUAAAAGGCUCUGCUUCGACAAUGGCAUAGAUCUCGCCACUCCCAAAACGAAUACCGGACGGGUCUAGACCGGGUCUUUGUCAGUAAAUGGGACACAAACAAAUUCAGCCGCACCACCAGCAAGAGAAAACAACACUUUGCUUCAAACAAAAGAUUGUUCACUCACUUAAAACGCCAUCACUCCGGCCGUGCAUCGUAUAGCCUCCCGUCUUUGGAUUCUUACUCAACCAGUCAUGCUGGGCCCAGACAUCGAGGUCGGGAAACCGUUCGAAAUAUGCAGCCUUGUAUAUUUUGCCGUCCUUGUCGCCCCAGAAGAAGCACGGCAUGCUAGGGAACGGCUUGCUCACCACCAUCUCUCCGGCCUCUCCCGUGUGCGCGAUUGAUUUUCCCGUGAUGGGAUCCAAAAUAUCGACAUCCAUACCUAGGCCAGGAACUUGCAUCUCACCCGUGUAAACUGGUCCCGACGGAUCUAGGGCGAGCAGCGACGUCGCUGUGUCCGUGCCUCCUGCUGUAUUGCAGAUAUGUACUGAGGGUGGAAAGGUUCGGUAAAACCAUUUAUACUGCUCGGGUGACAAGGGGGCGCCUGUGGUAUAGACCAUUCUCAAAGUGGACAGGUCGAACUCCUUCUUCGGGAUCGUUUUGGACAUUUCAAUCUCCAGCAGGAGUCGUGGAGAAGCACCCAGGAAUGCAACUUUGUGCCUUUCGCAGAUUCGAAGAAGCUGCUUGGCGUCCGGAAACAACGGACUGCCAUUGUACACCACGAGCGUUGCCCCCGCCGACAAGUGGCCGCACAUGAUAUAGAACACUACCCAGGAAGUACUCGAGUAUUGCAUGAUGACAUCGCCGGGCACCAAGGAGUUGUGAAGGACGGAGAUUUUCUUCAGCUGGAUGAUCAACCCGUGCUGAUGCACAAUGCAUUUGGGCGCGCCUGUCGUUCCUGACGAGUAACAUAUCAUGAGAGGGGAGUUGAACGGCACACGUGUGAAUUUGAGCUCGUCGGAGUCGACUGACUUUUGCAGAAAGUCGUGUAUCGUCGGAAACUUUGAUGGUGCCGUGGUGACAGGCACAAGGAAAACAAGAGGUUGGACUUUGACUUUGAGCUUCGAAAGAAUCUCGUCGAGCUUUUGUUUCGUCGAGACGGUUUUGCCCUUGUAUACCACGUCGCUGUCGACGAAGAGGAUACUUGGUGUGACCUGCUGUAGCCUCGAGACGCAUCCUUCCACUCCCAACUCGGGACUGAUCGAAGUGAAGAUUGCUCCGAUGGUGGCGGCGGCAUGAAACAGGAUGACAGCCCAGUUUGAUGCCGCGACCAGGGCGCCAACUCGAUCGCCUUGCUUGACGCCGCACCGCUUCAGAGCGCUUGCUGUUUGUCUGACUCUUUCUCGAAAUCCGCGCCAGGUGAUGACUUCGGGCUUGCCGUUGUAAAUGUCCUGGUCCUCCCUUAUGCCGAUCAAGGCGACGGCGUCUGGGUCGGUAUUGGCAAACAGAACAUUUUCGGCAUAGUUGAUCUCAUGCCCUGGGAAGAAGGGUGGAACAUGGCUCAUUGGGAUACUGUCGUCAUAUGCUUUCUUCAUGCUGGGUGGCAAUGGUGGAACAAGACCAAGGUAGCCGUAUAGAUCAAUCCAAAAGUCAUGUGGUCGCGUAACAGACCAUUUGUGAAGUUG